GUACUAUGAAAACUAAGAACAAAACUAUUAUUCAGAUUUAUAAAAACUAAAAUUGGAGCUUAAAUAUUUGAAGAACAUGACACCUUAUCCGUCUAUUAUAACCACAACCUUUGGUGAUGCCGAUCAAUCCGUUAAGAUUGACGCUUCAUCACUGAAAGUCAAUAGAAUUUCUACUGAAAAUUUGGGUACAUCUGACGGUGACAAAACGCUCCAAAUUGGCGUCGAAAAUGAAUUUAGCAAUAAAAUUGCGAGUGACACAAAAAAGAGUGAAGAAAUCCAAGAGUGGUCAUUUUGGAAUCUGUACGGAGGAAUUAGCAUGGCGUUGCUUGCCAGUGUGCUGUUUUCGGCAUCUUUCCUCAUGAUAAAAAUGCUGGAACCACACGGAGUGAAAGGGUUCGGAGCAUCUCUCCUCCUCAAUCUGGGCGUCGUAAUUCCGUCGACAAUUCUGAUAAUUUUCAAUGAGUUUGGGCCGGGAUGGCAAAAUAGGUCACGAGUUCUGCAAGGAGUUUGGCCCAUAACCAGAGAGACUGCAUUAGGGUUUAUGCUGAUCCAAGGAUUAUUUCAAGCAAGUUCGGUAAUAUUGCGCUCUCUAUCGCUGGGAUACUUGUCACCGAUGGACAUGACCGUGAUUGUACUCAGCAGUCCAGUGAUCACCACCAUCCUGGCUCAUUUCAUGCUUGGGGAAAAAUGUGGCGUGAUUUUCAUUGGCAUCGCAAUUUUCACUCUUUGCGGCGUCGGCUGUGUGACGAAGCCACCGAUAUUUAUUGGUGCAAAGGAGUUUGAUAAAUACGCAUUGAUUGGAAGUGCAUACGCGUUCGGAGGCAUGCUUGCUUUAUCCAUGAAGUUUGUCGUGACUCGGAAGAUAAAGGAAACUCAUUAUCUGGCCAUGACAUUUUUCCUCGGAUUUACCGGAGUGGUGGUGUCACUGCCACUAUUUUUGGCAUUCGAAUCUCCAAACUCUCUCAUCCCUGACUCUGGCACUGGCCUUUGCCUCAGACUGGGAUUGUUUUCUGGAUUCGGGGCAGUGGCGAGCAUUAAUAUGGCGUUGAAGAUGGAAAAUGCCGGGGUAGUCUCGUUGGUCCGGUCGUUUGAUGUCGUGUGCGCAUUUUUUUUCCAGUACAUUUUCAUGGGACUCGUGCCAGACAUGCUCAGUGCUAUUGGAGGCGCCAUCGUAUGGACAGGCGUUCUCGUAGCAGGAAUACAAAAAUACUGGAGCAAUAAAACUGGUAGUAGAAAGAAAAGUGAUCCUUUGCAAUUAUUCGGUUGAUGGUGGAACUUAGGAUUAGCAAAGUCACAUGAAAUAAUGGAAAAUAGCUAGAUCUACGAAAUAUAUAUAUGUCAAUGCAUCGGUAGUAUUUAGAAAGAAAUUGUCAUUAGAUU